UGACGCGACGCGCUUUUCGCCCUACUACCUCCACAACAACAACAGGCGGACAUCGCCGCACUCUCGGAAAAGCAAACUUUUGGAACAGAUUUCCGACAUUGCCGUCCUUACACCCUCUCUACCGCUCCACACGAAAAUGGCCUCCGCCUCAACCUCAAAGGGCUCUGCCAAAAAGUCAAAAUCAAGGGCCGCCCCUUCAGUCAAGCCGGAUAUUGCAUCACAAGUCGACUCGGCCUCCUCUGACGACGACUCUGGAUCCGGCAGCGAUGACAGUACGGACGGCGAGAGUGUAGACAGCGAUCAGGAUCUGGAGAAUGUGGAACCGAGGAGGAAUAAGGGCAAGGAGACUGCCAAAAAGUCUACCGCGUCGGCUGGAAGCUUUGACAAGUACAAGCCUCCAGCCGGCAUGACCGAACUCGGGAUAACCGCUGAAUUUGUCAAAUCAGAGUUCGAAUGGGACGCGCUCGCUUCCAGACCCGGUAUCGAACUCUGGGCUAUCCGUGCUCCCCGUGACCUCAAACCGUCCCGAUUAUCGGCGCUGUCUAUCCCUGUACCCAAAAAGGACGAGCCAUUGACAGGCAACUUGAAGACCAAGUCACAGUCUUAUAUCCUCCGUACCGCCGGUUUCACCGGCUCAUCCUCUUCUUCCAAAGCCGGCGAACAGGGCCAGGGGUUGGUGGAUUCUUUAGGGAUGGGUGAUGGAGAAGGUGUAGACCAGUUGGCGGAGGAAGGUGGAGAGGAGAUGGGUGGAUUGAGGCUUUUAGUACCGAGGGUAAAGGAGCAUGGCAAGCUCCUUGUCGCUCCACUGCCUAUAUCACGCCAUCUCAUCCUCACACCCGACUUUUCAGCGGAAUCCUCUUCUGACGCCGACGCCGACACCGAACCCAUCCCCGAUUUCCUCAGAGAAGCCGCCCAACAAGCAUCCUCCGCAACCCCCGCCAAACGUGCCCAGCCUACCCACUUGAUGAAAUUCAGGAAUCAUACGUAUGGGUUCAACACCCCCGGUCCCGAGAAGACUAGUAAGAAAUUGAGAGGAGAGGUGAUGGAGGUUGAGCAAGUCGAGCGAGAAGCUGCACCCGCGUCCAAAGUGGUGGCUGUGGAGAACAAGAAGGAGAAGAAGCGAAAGACGGAUAAAGAUGAUAGUCCCGCCAAAGCCAAGAAAAAGGCUAAAAAGUCCAAGGACUGAAAAAAAAGUUGAAGUGUAUUUUUUAGACGAGGGGUGUCUUUGUGUAUACAAUGCAUUCUUGUAAUACAAAAUGACCAAAAAA